AUGGCCAAUGUGUCUGGGUUCUUGAGUCCUUCAGUUCCCAGUUUAGGGAGGACUGUGAAGCCUUCUGUAGGGGUUAUUGGAUCUGGGUUUUGCUCUACAAAGGGAAUAGCCAAGGGGAUUUUUUGCUCCAGCGCUGUUGAAGGUGCUGCUGACAAGGUUUCCCCUUCUCAAUCUCGAAUGCCCAGGCUAGCUAUGCAAGGUUGCAAGCUAAUUGGAUCUGGCUCAGCAGUUCCCAGUCUACAGAUUUCAAAUGAAGAUCUCGCCAAAAUGGUCGACACUAAUGAUAAGUGGAUAUCUGAUCGAACUGGGAUCCGUAAUCGACGAGUUCUUUCAGGAAAGGAAACCCUGACUUCUCUAGCAGCCGAAGCAGCUAGGAAAGCGCUUGAGAUGGCAGAGGUUGAUCCUGAUGAUCUGGAUAUGAUCUUAUUGUGCACUUCAACACCAGAGGAUCUUUUCGGUAGUGCUCCUCAGAUCCAAAAGCAGCUUGGCUGCAAAGGAAACCCUUUGGCAUACGACAUAACAGCAGCGUGCAGUGGAUUCAUUAUGGGGCUAGUCUCUGCUUCUUGUCACAUUAGGGGAGGUGGAUUCAAAAACGUCUUGGUAAUUGGUGCUGACUCCCUCUCUCGAUAUGUCGACUGGACCGAUAGAGGAACUUGUAUUCUCUUUGGCGAUGCUGCUGGCGCGGUAUUGGUACAGGCCUGUGAUGGUGAGGAUGACGGUUUAUUCAGCUUCGAUUUGCACAGCAAUGGUGAUGGCCAGAGAAAUUUGAAUGCGUCAAUCAAGCAAACCGAAUUGGAUCAUGCUCUCGGUUCUAAUGGAUCAGUUAUCGACUUCCCUCCUAGACCCUCCUCUUAUUCGUGCAUUAAUAUGAACGGGAAAGAGGUUUAUCGCUUUGCCGUGCAGUGUGUGCCAGAGACUAUCGAGUCUUCUCUUCAGAAGGCUGGUCUAACUCCAGCGGACAUUGAUUGGUUGCUACUCCACCAGGCCAACAAGAGGAUCAUAGAUUCGGUUGCAGACCGUCUGAAACUUUCUUCUGAAAAUGUGAUAUCGAAUCUGGCGAAUUAUGGCAACACGAGUGCUGCUUCGAUUCCCUUGGCAUUGGAUGAAGCUGUUCGAAGUGGGAAAGUGAAGCCAGGUCAUAAAAUUGCAGCUGCUGGUUUUGGUGCUGGUCUAACUUGGGGCUCUGCUAUAAUUAGAUGGGGCUGA